AACCCUUUCCCCUCCUCCACGUCAACGUUUAUAACCAAACCAAACAACCUCGCCAUUUGCUCCAUCCUCCUGCUCCUUGUUAACCUCUUCUCUUAAAUAAAACUAUUCUCUUCAUACACAAUGUCUCCUGCUGGUCUCAAGGGUCCCGGUGAAGCUCGUACCUAUGAUGGCUCGGGUCUUCGCAUCGGUAUUGUCCACGCGCGCUGGAACAGCAAGAUUAUCGAUUCCUUGAUCGGUGGCGUCAAGAAGUCCCUCGCCGCGGCGGGCGUCAAGGACGAGAACAUAGUCACUCAGACCGUGCCCGGCAGCUACGAGCUGCCAUUUGCUGUUCAGCGUAUGUACGCCGCGUCCCAGAUCCAGGCUUCCUCGUCUGGCACCGGCGGCGCCCUCGUCAACGCUGCAACCGACCUGCUCACCUCGUCCUCGGCCACAGACCUGACGUCGCUGUCCAAAGACCCGAAGAACUCUGCGUCGACUGCUCCGUUCGACGCCGUUAUUGCCAUCGGUGUGCUGAUCAAGGGCGAGACGAUGCACUUUGAAUACAUUGCCGAGACCGUGUCUCACGCUCUCAUGCGCGUGCAGCUCGAUGCCAACUUCCCCGUCAUCUUCGGUCUGCUCACCGUCCUGAACGAGGAGCAAGGCCUGGCACGCGCGGGCAUCGCUGGCCCCAACGGCGACCAGGGCCACAACCACGGCUUGGACUGGGGCUCGGCGGCCGUUGAGCUGGGCGUCAAGAGGAGGGGCUGGGCAGAGGGCAAGAUGGAUGAUUAGACUUGGGACGUUGCAAACAGCUCCGGUCUGAGGAGAAGCGAUGGUUAUUGAAUCAUUUUUGCACUAUAUCACACGUACUGGCGCUCGACUGGAGCGGUGAUGGGGCAUAGGCAUAGCAUACCUACCGUUGAGGGAUGGUGGUGGAAUGGCAAUCUCGUCAAAGCAUACCCGCGCAGAAAGUGUGACUACUGGAAAGCUGGCACCACUCGUGGGUGUCUGUUUGGCCUCCGCCCGACCG